UUUGGUGCGCAGAUGCCCUUGAAUCCGUUUCGGGUCAAAAAGGUUAUCUCAAUCAAAUUCUAAUACUCAAAACAGUGCAAAUUUUCGGCGUUUUCCCCGAGAUCGCGAGCAGUGAACAUGUCAAGAUUCGCCAAAGUGGAGCAAGGGCCCCCCAUCGAGGUCUUCGCCUUGAACCAGCAAUUCGCCGCCGACACGAGCCCGAAUAAAGUCAGUUUGGGGGUUGGAGCGUAUCGUACUAAUGAGGGUCAACCUUGGGUUUUGCCAGUGGUUCGCGAAGCCGAAAAAAUCCUUGCUGCCGAUGAGAAACUGAACAAGGAGUAUUUGCCGGUUUUGGGCUUGGACACUUUCAGCUCGGCGGCCACUCAGAUGCUGCUGGGGGCUGAUAGUCCCGCUCUCAAGGAAAAUCGGGCUUUUGGGGUCCAGUGCCUAUCCGGCACGGGCUGUCUUCGCGUUGGGGCUGAAUUUCUGGCCCGAACCGUCGGCUACAAAACCUUCUACGUGUCCAUACCCACCUGGGAGAACCACAAACUCGUAUUCACCAACGCCGGCUUCAACGACAUCAAAGAAUACAGAUACUGGUCAUCGGAGUCCCGCGGCCUCGACCUCAAAGGCUUUCUGGAAGACCUCAACAAAGCGCCUGAAAACUCAGUCAUAAUCCUGCACUCCUGCGCCCAUAAUCCCACAGGAUGCGACCCCACGCAGGAACAGUGGGCCCAAAUCGCCGAUGUUAUGGAAAAGAGGAAACUCUUCCCGUUUUUCGAUUCCGCGUAUCAGGGCUUUGCCUCAGGCGAUCUGGAGAAGGACGCCUGGACGGUCAGAUAUUUCGUCAGCAGGGGAUUUGAGCUAUUGUGUGCACAAUCAUUCGCGAAAAAUUUCGGCUUGUACAACGAACGUGUUGGUAAUUUGACUUUUGUGACCAAAACGACCGAUGUUAUCCCCAAAGUUAAGUCACAGGUGACUUUACUAGUGAGGGGGAUGUACUCGAACCCGCCUAGUCACGGUGCUAGAAUUGUGGCACACGUUUUAAGCGAUCCAAAGUUGUUCGAACAGUGGAAAGGUUGUAUUAGGACGAUGGCGACCAGGAUUAUCGAAAUGAGAAAAGCUUUGAGGGCAGCUUUGGAAAAAUUGAACACUCCGGGAGACUGGAGUCAUAUCACGGCGCAAAUCGGCAUGUUUUCGUACACGGGACUGACUGAAAAACAAUCCUUGCACAUGGUUGAGAAACACCACAUCUAUAUGUUGAAAUCGGGCCGUAUCAGCAUGUGUGGAGUCACUCCAGGCAAUGUGGAUUACGUGGCCAAAGCUAUUUAUGAAACUGUAACAAAUUGUCACCAAACUUUGGGGAACAAACUGUAAAAAUGGUAAAGGACGGAUUAUUUUCUAAGUAUUAUAUUGUUUCUACACUGGUGAUUAAAAUAAAUAGAAAAUGUA